AUGAGGUUCUCCAGUGUUCUUUCGGCCGCUCUCGUGGUGUUGCCCGCUCUGAGCGGCACGUCCGCCGGCUUGGUACCCCGCCAAAACCAGCGAGGCCGAGGAGGCAACAACAACAAUGGCAAUAACGGCAAUAAUGGCAACAACAACGGCGGCAACAACAACGGUGGAAACAACAAUGCUGGUGGCGACCUGCAAGCCUCUCUGACUCUUGAUCCCAGAGUCAUUGCCCCCGGAUUUGCGAAUGACGGCCAGGAUGUACCCGCAGACGGUCAAGUUGCUUCGUUGACCUCGACGAACAACUUCAUCAACUUCUGCCUCACGGUACCCAACUUGCCCCUCACCAACGGGCAGCAGCUACAGCAAGGUUCAUGUAACCCCGCUCCCAUUGGUGUCAUCCCGACCGUAGAUCGUAUGCCUUCUGGGAAGUUCACAAACCCGAAGAACGGCGAUACCAUCGCUCCCAACACUGAUUUCACCAUCAGCAUGGCCAUCAGGAACCUGGCCACGGGUUUCUUCGUCAAUGCUCAAGCCAAUUACUUUGCCGCCCCUCAGGUUUUGAACGGCGCUGGUAUCAUCCAGGGUCACUCUCACGUCGUUGUAGAGCGUCUGCAGUCCCUUGACCAGACAACGCCGACAAACCCCCGUGAAUUCGUCUUCUUCAAGGGUUUGAACGAGGCUGCCCAGGGUGGCGUGCUUACCGCGGCCGUUGCUGGAGGUGUCCCUGCCGGUGCUUACCGUCUCUGCUCAAUCAACUCUUCUUCGAACCAUCAACCCGUCAUUGUGCCCGUUGCCCAACACGGUUCGCUCGAUGAUUGCGUCUACUUCACCGCAGGCAAUGCCAACGCUGGUAAUAACAACGAGGCGAACCAGGGCAAUAACAAUGCUGGAGCCAACCAAGGAGCCAACCAAGGAGCCAACCAAGGAGCCAACCAGGGCGCUAACCAAGGAGCCAACCAGGGAGCCAACCAAGGAGCCAACCAGGGAGCCAACCAAGGAGCCAACCAGGGUGCCAACCAAGGUGCUAACCAGGGUGCCAACCAAGGUGCUAACCAGGGUGCUAACCAAGGUGGCAAUGGAGGUGGCAGGGGUAACAACGGUGGACGUGGCGGCUUCGGCGGCGGCUUCGGUCGCGGCGGGAACAACGGCGGUCGCGGUGGUUUCCGUGGUGGCCGUGGUGGCAGAUAA